AUGCCGACGGAAGAGUUUAGGCUAUUUCGAAAUCACAAUUACAAGACCGACAUCGAAUACGUGGUGAAGGUGGCCAAGACUUUACUAACGCCCGUGGGUAUCUGGCCGCUCUACCGAGGCAACUCCAGAUCCGACAAGAUCAAGAAUUACCUCCAGACAGGCGUGAUAUUCGGCCUGAUGUGCUUUCUGCUCGUCCCGCACGUCAUAUACACCUUCUUCGACGCCGAGGAUCUGACCAGAUACAUGAAGGUCAUAGCCGCCCAGGUGUUCAGCUUGCUCGCCAUUAUUAAAUUCUGGACGAUGAUCAUCAACAGGGAGGGGAUCAGAUUCUGCCUGCAGAAAAUGGAGCUUCAGUACAAGGACGUGGAGUGCGAGGAGGAUCGGCUGGUGAUGACGAGGAGCGCCAAGAUCGGCAGGCUCUUCACGGUGACGUACUUGGGACUGUCGUACGGCGGCGCGUUGCCCUAUCACAUAAUCAUGCCGCUGCUGGCGGACCGGAUCGUCAAAGAGGACAACACGACGCAGAUACCCCUGCCGUACCUCAGCGACUACGUCUUCUUCGUGGUGGAGGACUCGCCGCUCUACGAGAUCAUCUUCGUCUCGCAGAUCCUGAUCAGCAGCAUCAUCCUCUCCACGAACUGCGGCGUCUACAGCCUAAUCGCCACCUGCGUGAUGCACAGUUGCUGCCUGUUCGAGGUCGUGCGCAGGCAGAUGGAAACGGUCCUCGACGGCGGCACCAGCAAUCUCCACGAGCGACUCGAGAGAAUAAUCGAACACCACACGCAAGCCAUCCAAUUCGCGGAGAUGAUUGAGAAGUCAUUAAACAUUGUCUUUCUAUGCGAAAUGGUUGGAUGCACUAUUAUUAUAUGCUUUCUGGAAUUCGGAGUUCUUAAGGAAUGGGAAGACGGAAAAAUCUUAAAUACGGGUACAUAUUUCGUUUUAAUGACGUCAAUAUUUGUAAACGUUUAUAUUAUAUCGGCUAUCGGUGAUCGUCUUAAAGAAGAGAGCGAGAAAGUAGGAGAAUCGUCGUUUUCUAUCAAGUGGUACGAUUUGCCAACGAAAAUUGUAAAGGAUUUAAUUCUGGUGAUGCUCAGAUCAAACCGUCCGUCAACCUUGACAGCCGCGAAAAUAUUUGAUCUCUCCCUUCAAGGAUUCUGCGAGGUUUGCAAAACAUCAGCGGCGUACUUUAAUUUUAUACGAGCGAUGACUACAUAAACUCUCAAGUAUUACCGCAUAAAGUAUCGAAUAUCUACUUAUACAUAUAUAUAAAAGAAAUGUUAAGCUGUCAACGUCACUUCGUGAGAUACAAUACAUAUGACUUACUUGUCUUAUAUGACAUCAGCGAAACAAUCACCUCUCUGUCGAACAAUAAAUCAUACUA